UGUUUGUUUGUGUCCUCAGUUCCCUUUUUGUGAGAGAUGUCAAGAUAGGUAACUAUAUAUAAGAGGUGGUCUUUGUCUUGUGAAACACCUUCACACAGAUAGGCUGAGCUGAAGAUACAGGCUGAGAAGAGCAGAUAAUUCAGCAGCAGGCUCUUAUCAUCUUCAACAUCAUCUUCACCAUGAAGAUGCUGACUGUGGCUGCACUCAUUUGUACCAUUAUGGCUCUGACUAUAGCUGAUGCUCCUCCAGAAGCCAAAAUCCAAAAUGACCAAACGGCAGAGGCAGACCUGGUCAAAAGGAUUUUUUGGUGUUCCUAUGGUUGGAAAAAGAUCAAUGGCCGCUGCUUCCGCUACGUUCCAACACGAUUGCGUUGGGUUGACGCUGAGAAAACCUGCCAGGCCAUGGGUGGAAACCUUGCAUCGGUACAUACCUAUGGGGAGUACCAUAAGAUUCAGAUGAUGAUAAUUGGUGCCAGUCACGUGUAUAGACCGGUAUGGAUUGGAGGCUCUGAUGCACAACAGGAGAAUGUUUGGCUGUGGAGUAAUGGGAGGCAAUUCAACUAUCGGAACUGGUGUUAUGGACAACCCAAUAACUUCAAGGGCAAGCAGAACUGUUUAACAAUGAAUUCUCCAGUUACAGCUCGAAGGUGCUGGAAUGACGAUUUCUGCUACAGAAGAAAACCAUCUGUCUGUGUCAAGAACCGCUGGUGAUUCCUGACAAAGAGAUGUGGAGUAGCACAAACACUGAUGGAGGCGUGUUUAUGUGCAUAUUUUUAAAAGCGUCUGUCUUUGUGUUGAUCAGUCUAAUAUGACCUGAAGGCUCUAUAACUCAUAUUACUUCACAUUAUUAUUUCAUUUCUAUCGCUGUAACGCUACUUAAGGAAUGAAACGACAAGUUACGUAAUCAGAAGCUGGACUGUUCCUAAGGCCUUAUGCCUUUAAUAAGAGCAGAUUGAAUGUGUUUUGAAAGAAUGCCUUUAGCACCUUAUUCUUGAGAGUGUACAAGAGCUGCAACUAAUGAUUAUUGUCAAUUGUUUUCUCGAUUAAUCAAUUAGUCAUUUGGUCUAUUAAAU